AUGAAGGUUCUAUGUGUUGCUGAAAAGAAUUCCAUUGCAAAGGCAGUAGCAAAUAUCCUAGGGGGUGGCAGGUCCAGCUCACGAGAUUCUGGCUAUAUGUAUGUGAAAAAUUAUGAUUUCCAAUACAGUGGUUUUUCAUUUGCUAAUGGGAAUGAUUGUCAAGUGACCAUGACCAGUGUGGCAGGCCAUUUGACUGGGAUAGAUUUUUCUAAUGAACGAUAUGGUUGGGGGAAAUGUAAAAUUGAAGAAUUAUUUGACGCGCCUUUAAGCAAUGUUUUUGAUAAAAAUCAAAAAAAGAUUACUGAAAAUAUUAAAAGGGAAGCUCGAUAUGCUGAUUAUUUAAUGAUAUGGACAGAUUGUGAUAGAGAGGGAGAAUAUAUCGGGUGGGAAAUUUAUCAAGAAGCUCUCAAAGGGAAUCGCAGAUUAACUGAUUCCCAAGUGUUUAGAGCAGUUUUCUCACAUUUAGAAAGAAGGCAUAUCUUAAGUGCAGCAAGAAAUCCCCAACGAUUAGAUAUGAAUAGUGUUAACGCUGUGGGGACUAGAAUAGAAAUUGAUCUUCGGGCAGGCGUAACUUUUACAAGGCUAUUAACAGAUACUAUGAGAAAUAAAGUAAUAGCAGCUAUGGGACCAAGUGCGACAUCUGGCAGAAGUAGCAGCGAUAACAAUAAUAAUACCAACUCCAAAAAAAAAGAUUCAGUUGUUAUAUCAUAUGGUACAUGUCAAUUCCCAACUUUAGGGUUUGUGGUAGACAGAUUUGAAAGAAUACGAAAUUUCAUAUCAGAAGAAUUCUGGACCAUCCAAUUGCAUAUUGAAAAUAAAGAUGCAAAUACACCUACUGUAUUCAGAUGGCAAAGAGGCAACCUAUUUGAUAGAUUAAGCUGUCUAGCAUUUUAUGAAUCAUGCAUUGAAAUUGCAGGGAAUAAAGCUAAAGUUAUAGAUCUAAAAUCCAAACCAACUUCUAAAUAUAGACCAUUACCACUUACUACAGUGGAAUUACAAAAAAAUUGUGCAAAAUUUUUGAAACUAAAUGCUAAACAGUCAUUAGAUGCUGCAGAGAAGCUGUAUCAAAAGGGGUUUGUAUCUUAUCCUAGAACUGAAACUGAUAUAUUUCCUAAAGUCAUGGAUCUACGAGCCCUAGUUGAGAAUCAAGCACAGAUUGGCCAGCAAGGUAGAUCACCUUGGGCAGAAUAUGCGGAAGGUUUACUUUCUGAUGAUCCUUAUGCACCAAAUAAAUAUCAAUUUCCAAGAAAUGGUACUCAUGAUGAUAAGGCACAUCCACCUAUUCAUCCUGUUAUUUCAUUAGGUGCCACUGCAAAUAUUACACCAGUGGAAAGAAGAGUUUAUGAAUAUAUUUCUAGACAUUUCUUAGCAUCAUGCUCUACUGAUGCAAAAGGUCAAAGUACUUCUUUAACGUUGGAUUGGGCAGAUGAAAAGUUUCUUGCAGAUGGAUUAGUGGUUCUAGAAAGAAAUUUUUUGAAUGUUUAUCCUUGGGCAAAAUGGGAAACUACAAAGCAAUUACCAAGAUUAGAGAUGAAUGAAGAAUGUACUAUUAUGAAAAGUGAAAUGAAAUCUGGUAAGACUUCACCACCAAAACCAAUGACAGAAAGUGAACUUAUCAUGCUUAUGGAUGCAAAUGGUAUUGGUACAGAUGCUACAAUUGCUGAACAUAUUGAAAAAAUUCAAAUAAGAAAUUAUGUGAAAAGUGAGAAAGCAGGGAAGGAAACUUAUUUACAGCCAACAAAAUUGGGUGUCGCACUAGUUCAUGGUUUUGAAGCGAUUGGUUUGGAAGAUUCAUUUGCUAAACCUUUCCAAAGAAGAGAAAUGGAAGAAGAGCUAAAAAAAAUUUGUGAAGGCCAACAAACAAGGAAUAAUGUGGUUAAUAAUAUCGUUGGCAAAUAUAGAAGUUAUUUUAUGAAAACAAAUAACUCCAAAAAUGUACUAUUACAAGUAUUUGAUCGUGUUAAUAGACAGCUCUCCUGA